AAAGACGCCCACCUGUAACCAACGGGAUAUCUUCACAGAGAGAAGCACACGAAGAGACAGGUGUUUACGGGAGAAGAAUCCGAGUCGUCCCGCUGGCAAAAUGUUCAAGAAAAAACCCUCGAAGAGCGUGACCAUCACGCAAACGAAAAAGGCGCCCUCCUCUGAGCUGUCUGCACUGAUUGAGAAGCUGCAGAAGAACGCUGACAAGGUGGAGAAGCUCAUCCUUGAGACGGAGCAGAACCUCAACAAGGAUGUGAGUAAGAUCAACGAGGGCAAGCAGCCUCUGUACCAGGACGACACCAACAAGCGCAUCCUAAGCUCUCUGGAGCUGCUGCAAGGCCUGGAUGAGGACGCCGUCGACGCAAAACGCCUGCAGCACCCCCAGGCUGAGAUGAUUGAGCAGGAUAUGAAGCAGCUGAGAGUGAGACUAAGGAAGCUGAGAGAGGACCACGACCGCAUCUACCACCUGACCCGUUCUGAGGGCCUGCCGAGCGUCAACUGGGGCAGGAUCAUAGAGGAGAAACAGGGCAACCUGAGCAACAAGGGUUUUGGUCAGGACCUGCCCACCAUAGAGAACGAGGUGGAGGAACACAACAUCUUUCACAGUGAGGUGGAGGCCCUGGCCCCUCACAUCUCAGCCAGCGACGACAAGGACUCUGCCAGUGCCCUCCAGCUGAAGUACAACAAGCUCCUGGCCAGUUCCAGUGCUCGACAGCGCCACCUGUUGAGCCUGCGUGACUACAUGCAGCGCUGCACUAAUGAGCUGUACUGGAUGGACCAGCAGGCAGGGGAGAGGAUCAACUAUGACUGGAGCGAUACUAACCUGGACUACCCUGCACGUCACAGACAGUAUGAGAACUUCAUCAGUAAGUGUCUGAGUCACCUGAGGAGGCCACUGUCACCAUCUGAAUGAUGAUGGAGAUAAACUCAUGUCGCUGCUGACCAUCCUGGCAAGAAUGUUAUUGAGGCUCAUAUGGAGGCUGUGCAUGCAGAC